CGGUCGCCCGCGCCCGCGGCUCUUCGCCAGCCCCGAACUCCUCGAGUCCCCGCCGCCUGGUGUGCGGAGCCGCCUUCAGCGCGCCAGCUCCCUCCCCAGGGCCUCGGAUUCCCUCCAACACCGCCGAUGUACCUCUUCUGCACCCUAGAUUCCCCCCUGAUCCCCCGAAUUCCUCCCCAUCCCCCCAGAUUUCACAACAGCUCCCUGGAUUUCUUCCCAGAACUCCAGAUUCCUCCUCAACUUCUCGGAUUCCAUCCCAACUCCCCGGAUUCUUUCCUAACAGCCGAAAUCCUUCCGGACUCCUCGGAUUCUUCCGCAGUGGUCCUAAAUUUCUCCCCGAAGUCCUCCCACUCUUCUGCUGAUUUGGGGGCUUUCUAGGCCACAGUCCAUGCGUGCCAACCUGCUCCUCUCCCCGCCCAGCCCCCUGGGACUCCUGAAACCCCACUUUUCCUGGGGCUCUCGAAACCCUACUUUCCCUGGGAGUUCCAAAACCCGGUUUUUCCUGGGGCUUCCGAAAUCCCACAUUUCCUGAGGCUCCGGAAAUCUCUCCUCGGACCCUCCCCCUAAGCCCAGGUCUCCACCCCCCACUCCCAGCCCUCCCCAUUGAGCUACAUAUCUGGGUACACUCCCCCCAGCACCAAUAGGAGCCAGGGUGGCCUCAACCCAUGGCGAUCAUCCCACGACCUGCAUUUCUUCCCUGUCUUUGUGGCCCAGGCAGGGGUUUUGGGGAGCACAGCUGUGUGACCCAGGCAUGGUGGAGGACGGGGGCUCUGAGAGGGCCCUGGAGCUAGGCAGCCUGGGUUAAAUCCCUGCGCCUCUACUUUCCACCUGUGUGACCUAGGACGCCUAAUUUACCUCUGUCUUCUCACCUGUGGAAAACCAAAAACCCAUUGUGUUAGAGUCGAUUCCAACUCAGCAAUCCUAUAGGACUGAGUAGAACUGCUCUGUAGAGUUUCCAAAGAGCGGUUGGUGGCCUUGACUGCUGACAUUUUGGUUAGCAGCCAAGCUCUUAAACCACUGUGCUACCAGGGCUCUACGGAGUUUACUUAUUUAUGUUGCGUACCUGUGUGAACACCACCAAGAGCAAGGUUAUUUAUCUUGUUCCUGGCUGUAUCUCCAAUGCCCCACACGCAGUGGGUUCUUACUAAAUACUUAUUGGCUGAGUAAAUCAAUGAAAGGGCAGAACAGUGUCUGGCGCACAGUAAGCGCUCAACAAGAGUUUUCUGCUUCGGAUUCCUUCCUCCCCAAUUGACUAAUAAGUCUUAUCUGUGCCCAGCAGGGCUGGCGGAUAGUAGGGGCUCCUGCGCACAUUUUGACUUAAUAAAUGCUGCAAGGAGGCAUGGAAGACAAGGUAUGAAAAGCAAACCUGUUGCCGUUGAGUCGAUUCUGACUCCUAGCGACCCUCUAGGACAGCGUAGAACUGCCCCAUAGGGUGGAUUCGAGGUGCCGACCUUUUGGUUAGCAGCUGUAACUCCUAACCACUAUGCCAUCAGGGUUUCCCCAGAGACACAGGGGAACCUCAUACCACCAAGAAACAAGAGCCGGAGAAUAGUGCAUCCCCUGGGCCUGGGGUCCCCUGCACCACCAGGGCUCCAUGAGGAGUGAUGAGGCGUUUAUUAAUGCAUUUAUUCAUGUGCGUUUAUUGAGCACCUACUGUGUGUCAGGCACUGGGCAAAGCAAGUGAUAACCCUAGGUGGUUAUUGUUGUUGUUAGAUGUCUUUGACUCAUGUCCCUGACUCGUGUCCUUGACUCAUGUCCCUGACUCAUGGUGACCCCGUAGAGUUUCCUUGGCGCUAAUCUUUUUAAUCUUUAUGGAAGGAGUCCUGAUGGCAUAACGGUUAAGCACUAUCCUAUUCCAACUCUUAGCGACCCUAUUGGACAGAGUAGAACUGCCCCAUAGGGUUUCCAAGGAGUGCCUGGUAGAUUCAAACUUUUGGUUAGCAACCGUACCUCUUAACCACUACGCCACCAGCGUUUCCACAGAAACACAGGGGGACCUCAUACUGCUAAGAAACAAGGGCCAGGAGAGUAGCGCGUCCUUUGAACCUGGCAGGUUGUCAGUUCGAACCCACUCAGAGGCUCUACUUGAGAAAGACCUGGCGAUCUGCUCCCAUAAAGAUUACAGCCAAGAAAACCUUAUGGAGCUCAGUUCUACUCUGUAACACGUGGGUUCAUCGUGAGUUGGAAUUGUCUCUAUGGCAGCAGGGUAGAGUGUGUCAGAUGGUAAGAAAUUGAGAGGAGAAAAAAAAAAAAAAAGCAAGCAGUGUGGGGGAGUGACCUGUGAUUUUAAGCAGGUGAUAUAUGGGCUGAGACCUGAAGGAGGCCAGGGAGCCAGCCAUCUGGGGAUUUAAGGGAAAGAGUGGAACAGACAGAAGGAACAGCAUGUGCCAAGGCCCUGAGGCAGGACUGUGCCAAGGGGGGUUAAGGAACAGUGUAGCUGGAACAGAGUGAGUGAGGGGGAGAGCAGGUGGCGGUGAGGGCAGUGAGGUGACAAGGACUCAAUAAAAUGAAUCAUGCCAAAAACAACUCUCGACUUCUCCCUCCUGAUCCCAACCCCUCCUCCAAAUCCUCCUACCUCGGGCCCAAAAUCCAGGCAUCCUUGCAUCCUCCUGCUCCCGUUCCAGUUGACAACCAGCAGAUCCUGCCAGCCCUGUCUCCAGAUUAUCCCCAAAUCCGGUCCCUCUCCUACUGCCUCAUGACAGCCACCCUGGGUCCAACCCUAUGAUCACCCACCCACCUGGACCAGUGCAGUCACCUCCACCCUGGUUUUCGCUCCUGCUCUUGCCCCCGCAGUCUAUCCUCCCCUCAACAGCCAGAGGGCGCCUGUGAGCACCUGAGUCAGGGCCCAUCCCUCCUCUGCCCACAGCCCUCCAGGGCUCCCACCUCCCUUAGAGUAAAAGCCCAAGCCCUCCCUGGGGCCCACAGAGCCUGCACGACCUGCCCUGUCCCUUCCCUGCCCUCCCCUCCUCUCUCCCCCUUGCUCACUCCGCUCCAGCCACACAGGCCUCUUUAUGUUCCUCCAACUCUCCAGGCCCAGUCCUGCCCCAGGGCCUUUGCUGUUCCUUCUGUCUUUUACACUCUUUCCCUAGAUGCCCAUAUGACUCCUCUCUCACCUCCGUCUGGUCUCUAACUCAAAUGUUGCCUCCUCCCAGAGACCUCCCUUGAGCCCCAAUUCUCCGUAGCCCUUUCCCCUUUCACCUUUGCCACCUCUCCUGGGCUCGUUUCCCUCACUGCACUUCCUGUUUUCAAAAAUUACCUUGAGUUAUUUUCUUGUUUAUCAUAGGUCUCUCCCAAAUCAACCGUGAGCCGGUCUUGGUCUGUACCAACAUCUAGAACAGUCCUUGGCACACAGUAGGUGCUCGGUAAAUAUUUGCUCAAUAUAUGAAGAGAGUGUUGGAGAGUGUAGAGUGGGGAGGGGAAUAGAAUAAGAAAGAAGAAAAUAGGUAUCUCCAGAGGUAGCUUAAAAUUUUUGUAAAAGGGGAGGAGAAAAAAUAAGUUCUGCCAAUAUUUAUUGUUAAGCUGCUAUUAUAAUUAAGAGUCCCUGGGUGGUGCGAACAGUUAAGUGCCCGACUACUAACUGAAAGGUUAGUGGUUCAAACUCUCCCAGAGGUGCCUCGGAAGAAAGCCCUGGCGAUCUGCUUCCAGAAGGUCUCAGCCUUGAAAACCCUCUGGAGCACUACUCUGACACGCGUGGGGUCGCCAUGACUCAGAAUUGACUCAAAGGCAACUAACAACAAGGACAGUUACAGUAUUACGAUUAUUCUUUUGAGCUCUUGCUACGUGCUGGGGCAUAGUCUGAGCUCUUUAACCUGAUUUUCGCCCUGAACCUUCACAGCCAUCUCACGCUCAUCACAAGUACCAUUUUUUUUUUUAAUUGUUACUGUUUUUAUUAUUGUCCUUUAGAUGAAGGUUUACAGAACAAACUAACUUCUCAUUGAACAGUUAGUACACAUAUUGUUUUAUGACAUUGGUUACCACUCCCAUGGCAUGUCAACACUCUCCCUUCUCAAGCUUGGGCUCCCUAUUACCAGCUUUCCUGUCCUCUCCUGCCUUCUAGUCCUUGCCCCUGGGCUCGUGUGACCCUUUAGUCUCGUUUUGUUUUAUGGGCCUGUCUAAUCUUUGGCUGAAGGGUAACUCUCAGAAGUGACUUCAUUACUGAGCUAUAAGGGUGUCCAGGGGCCAUACUCUCAGGGUUUCCCCAGUCUCUGUCAGGCCAGUAAGUCUGGUCUUUUUUUGUGAGUUAGAAUUUUGUUGUACGUUUUUCUCCACCUCUGUCCAGGACCCUCUAUUGUGAUCCCUGUCAGAGCAGUCGGUGGUGGUAGCCGGGCACCAUCUAGCUGUGCUGGACUCAGCCUGGUGGUGGCUGUGGUAGUUGUGGUCUGUUAGUCCUCUGGACUCAUCUUUCCCUUGUGUCUUUGGUUUCCUUCAUUCUCCCUUGCUCCCGACGACGGACAGGUGCGUUUUCAUGCUGGUUUUACAAACAAGGAAACUGAGCCUGAGGAAGGGGCUGCACAGGUGACAGGUGGAAGAGCUGGGAACCGCACCCCGUGGGUGUUUCCUCCCCACCUGCCUCCUACUCUCUAGGGUGUGGCAUAGUCUCUGUCCCGGAUUCCAUAGAAGGUGGCGCAGGAGGGAAAGCAGGGUUUCCGGAAGGUUGGGGUAGUAGCUGGGCAGGGCAGAUUCAGUGGACAGGGGACAUGCUAAUGGACUGUGUAUGGGGGACAAAGCCAGUGCAACCACUGUGUCAGGGUUGCGUUCAGGCUGGUGGCCGGAGAGAAGGUGAAGGAAGGCCAUUUGACUUUGUAAAUUUCCAGGAAUGCAGGCAGGGGCAGUCCUGCCUUGCUGAUUCUGAGUUUGGUCUGCUCUGGCAUAGUUUUCCACAGAAAUCCCCGGGCCCUAACUGCAGUGAUCUCCAGCGGCAGUGCCUACAGGGAGCAUGCUCACUAGUGCUCAUUGAGCACCCAUGGUAUACCAGGCACAGUUCUCUAGGUAUUAACUCAUUUAACCCCACAACAACUCUAGGAGGUUGGGCUUGUGAUCAUACCCAUUUUACAGACAAAGAAGCUGAGGCACCAGUGGGCUCAGGGCUUGUCUGAAGUCACAGCCUAGAGAUGAGAUGUGAACCCCAGCUAGCUGGCUCCCAAGGGCAUGCGUGCUCCAAGCUGCUUCUCCCUUCCGCCUGGAAGGGACUCAAGGGACACCAGCUAAGUGGCACCGUGUGGACGGGGCAGCGAUGGGUCCUCACAAGAGGGCAGCGGCUCUUGCCAGUCGUCGCCCUGCGGGAAUGUGGUCGCAGCCUGGCACAACGGUUGAUUUUUCAACAGAGUCCUGAACGUUGGAGCUUUACGCAGAAUCUCCUUUGUUCAGUGUUGGCGGUAAUUCAAAAUAAGUUAAUUUCCACAUUGCUGCCUUUGGGAAUGUCUGAACUGUUUUUUUUUUUUUUUAACAUUUUAUUGGUAUAUAACCUGUGUCUUUGUUUCUUAGUGUUGCUAAUAAUGGAAAUACCACAAGUGGUUGGCUUUAGCCAACAGAAAUUUAUUCUCUCACAGAUGAGGAGGCCAGAAGUCCGAAUUCAGGGCACCAGCUCUAGGGGAUGGCUUUCUCUCUCUGUGGGCUCUGGGGGAAGGCCCUUGUCUCAGCCUGUCUUGCCAGCCAUCCUUGGAGUUCCUGGGUGUGUCGACUGGUCGCCCUCUGUCGUCUACAGAUAAUGCCCGUCUUCCCCUGUGUCUGCCAUCUUCCGUGCCUAACCUGCUCCUUUCCUAUCUCAAAAGUGAGUGGUUUAAGACACCCGGCUAUGUUGCUGUGGCCUCAUGAACAUAACAAACAAACCCUAUUCCCAAAUGGUAUUAUAUCAACAGAUGUGGUGUUAUUGCUGUGUGCCUUCUAGUCAGUUCUGACUCACACCAAAAACCAAACCCAUUGCCUCUGAGUCGAUUCCGACUCAUAGCGACCUUGUAGGACAGAGCAGAGUUGCCCCAUACAGUUUCCAAAGCUGUAAUUUUUUUUUUUUUUAAUUGUGCCUUAGGUGAAAGUUUACAGAGCAAAUUAGUUUCUCAUCCAGAUAUUUACACACAAAUUACUUGGCGACAUUGGUUACAGUCCCCGCAAUGGGUCAGCACUCUCCCCCUUUCCACCCCUGGUUCUCAGUGUCCAUUAGGCCAGUUUUCCUGUCCCUUCCUCCUCUUUGCCUUUGGGCAGGUGUUGCCCAUUUGGUCUCAACCACUUGAUUGACCUAAGAAGCACAUUCAUCAUAUUUGCUGUUGUUUGUUUUAUAAGCCUGUGGUUUGAUUUUAAUCUUUAGCUGAAAGGUGAACUUUGGGAGUGGCUUUAGUUCUGAGCUAGCAGGGUGUCCUGAGGCCAUAGUCUCAGAGGUUCUCCCAGUCUCUGUCAGACCAGUAAGUUCAGACUUUUUUUGUGAAUUUGAACUUUGUCUUACCUUUUUCUCCCACUCUGUCCAGGACCCUCUACUGUGAUCCCUGUCAGGGUGGUCGGUGGUGGCAGCCGGGCACCAUCUAGUUCUUCCGGGCUCAGGCUGGUGGAGGCUGUGGUUCACGUGGUCCGUUAGUCUCCUGGACUAUUCUUUUCCCUUUGUCUUUGGUUUUCUUCAUUCCCCUUUGCUCUGGAUGCGAUGGGAUCAAUAGAUAUAUCUUAAUGGCUGUUGGCAAACUUUUAAGAUCCCAGACCCUAUUCAUCAAGGUAGGAUGUAGAACAUUUUGUUUAUGAACUAUGUUAUGCCAAUUGACCUAGAUGUCCCUUGAGACCAUGGUCCCCAGCCCUCAGCCCCAGUAACUGGGACCCUCAGGGUGUUUGAAUUUGUCUGGGAGGCUUCUAGACUGUGCCCCCUUUGUGGUCUAUUAUGUGUAUGAAUAUACAUGCUGUACAUGCCAAUAACCAAAAACCAAACCCACUGCCAUCAAAUCGAUUCUGACACAUAGAAACCCCACAGGACAGAGUAGAACUGCCCUGUAGGGUUUCCGAGGAGUGCCUGGUGGAUUCAAACUGCUGACCUUUUGGUUAGCAGCCAAACUCUUAACCACUACACCAGUGGGGUUUCUGUACAUACAAAUAAAAAAACAAAUAGGUAUGUAAAAAUAGUCAUGGCUGAAACUAUACACUUGUGUGGGCAUACUCCUAUACGCCCUCCUUCCCCUGUGCAACGUAUGUAUCUAAGGCUAUAAAUCUUUAUGGAAGCAGCUGCCACAUCUUUCUCCUGUGGAGCGGCUGGUGGGUUGGAACUGCCAGCCUUUCAGUUAGCAGCCGAGCACUUAACCACUGUGCCACCAGGGCUCCUUGUAUUCCAACGCACAGUGAUCCUAUAUGACGGAGUAGAACUGCCCCAUAGGAUUUCUGAGGCUGUAAUCUUUAUGUGAGCGGAUUGUGUGGUCUUUCUCCCUUGGAGCUGCUGAGUGGGUUCGAACCACUGACCUUUCAUUUCGCAGCCCAGUGCUUAACCAUUGCACCACCAGGGCUCCUUCGCACAGCUCUAGGGGGUUAGGAUUUACAGCACUGAUUUUGGGGGGACACAAUUCAUGUCUAACAACCUCCAUCAGGGGACACAAAUCCUAAGUGCUGAACUCGAUGACUUUUUAACAAAGUGAACACAGAGUGAAAUAGAAUGUGCUACCCAGUCCCCUCCCAGGUUCUACCCUCGAAGGUACCCACUGUCUUUCUUCAUGCUUUAUCAGCUGUGCCCUUUUAUCAGUAAAGAAAUUGAUGGGUGCAUACCAACACGUAUCACUUUUUUUCCUUUGUAAGUUAUAUAAGCAGCCAUUCCCAGGAGCCAUCAGGAGGUGGGAGGAACAGUUGGUCUGAGGGUCACUGCCACCAAGGGUGAUACAGCGCCAUAUUUCGAGUAGUCAUUCUUGAUCAUUUCAAAAAGUUUUGGCCCGACUUGUGGUCCCACCUGAACAUAAGAUCAUCAUCGUUUUUAUCCCAUUACAUGACUUGACUGUACUCGCUUUACUUAUAUUACGGGCAGUGUCUUUCACCCUCUAUUUCUCCACAGGAGCCCUCACAGGCCACACACUCAUUUCAUGAGGGUUAGUUUAAUGAAAACUAGAUAAUUAGUUUCUCAGGCCAGGUAGCCAGAUCCGCAUAAGCUGAUACCUCGCAGGACACUUGGAGACUACAAGCUCAGUGGGUUCUGGAGCCAGGCAGCCUGGGUUCCAAUCCAGCUGUGCCCUUUUGAGCUGUGUGACCCUGGCCUACUUACCCAACCUCUCUGUGCCUCUGUUUCCUCAUGUCUAAAGUGGCAAUAACUCUAGCAUUACCAGAUUGUUGUGGGAAUGUCUAAACUGCACAGUUCAAUAGAAACAGAAUGUAAGGCACAUGAGUCAUUUAAAAUAUUCUACAGCUACCUGAACAACAGGAAAAAGAAAUGGGAAAUCGAUUUUAAUAAUAAAUGUAUUUAACCCAUUAUAAUCCAUUGCCAUAAAGUUGAUUCCGACUCAUGGUGACUGCACGUGUUUCACAGUAGAGCCAUACUCCGUGGAAUUUUCAUUAUAUCCAACACAUAACUGAUACAAAAAAAAUUUAAAGAGGCAUUCUACAUACCUUUUUUCAUACUAAUUUUUUAAAAUAGGAUGUGUAUUUUACACUCACAGCACAUCUCAGUUCUGAUGCUAAAUUUUGAACAGUGAAAGUGAAAUGGGUAGAAUUCUCGCCUUCUGUGUGGGAGACCCGGGUUCGAUUCCCAGCCAGUGCACCUCAUACGGAGCCACCACCCAUCCGUCAGUGGAGGUUUACACAUUGCUGUGAUGCUGAACAGGUUUCAGGGGAGCUUCCAGAUUAAGACAGACUAGGAAGAAAGGCCUGGCUAUCUCCUUCCAAAAAUCAGCCAGUAGAAAUCCUCUGGAUCACAAUGCUCUGAUCCGCGGCUGAUCGAGGGAUGGUGCAGGGCCACGCAGCUUUUUGUUCCCUCGUGCGCGGGGUCGCCAUGAGUCAGGCUGUUUCGACCGGCAGUGAACAACAACAGCAACAAAGUGAAAUAUAACCCUACCAAAACAAAGUUGUAUCCAACAGGAAAAAGAAAAAAAUUUACACAGCUUCCACUUUUUAAUUUAAAAUUUUGGCUAAUUAAAAAUUGGAUAAAAUUAAGUAUUCAGUUUCUCCUUCGUAGCAGUAGGCACAUGUGACCGGUGGCUAUAGCGUUGGCCGUGCGGUUUUAGAACACGCCUAUCAUCACAGAAAGUUCUAUUGGACAGUGAUGGUCUUGACAGUGAGUGUCCGCCCGUAACAACUACGUGGGGCUAGAGUGAGGCAGCUGGUGUCGUGGUUACAAACACGGGCUUUGGCCCCAAAUCGCCAUUCUGCCAGUCACUAGCUGUGGGAUCUUAACCAUUUUUGCCCUUCUGUAUAUUGGAAAAAAUAAUAUGCCUAUUUCAUAGUCCAGGGGUCUGCAAACUUUCUGUAAAGGGCCAGACUAUAAACAUUUUCAGCUUUGCAAGCCAGAAGGUCUCUGUCACAACCUUCCUUCCUCUGCCUCUUGAUCACUCUAUUUCUGCCACCAUCGAAUAAAAGCAGCCAUAGGUGAUAUGUCACAAAUGAUGUGGCCAUGUGCCAAUAAAACUUUAUUUAAAAGAACAGGCAGUGGGCCAGAUUUGGCUCAUGGGCCGUACUCUGUGGCCCCUGUCAUGGGCAACUGUGCAUAGUGUGAUAGGGCAGGCUUGACAAAAACCUUAAAGGAGGGUAGGGAGUGUGCCAUGGACAUGCCCCAGGGAACAGUUUUCAGGCAGAGGGAACAACCCGUGCAAAGGCCCUGAGGCAGGACUGUGCCUGGUGAGUUUGAGGAAUGAGGAGACCCGUAUGGUACAUAGUAGGUCCUCAAUUACAGUCAGUUAUUUUUACCCACUAGACUGUGAGCUCCAGGACAGAAGGAUCUGUUCUUGUUUUGUCUCCACUGAGUCCCCAAUAUGUUCUUGAAUGAAUGAAUGAAUGAAAGCUAUGUGGGUCUCUCUCCCUCUAGCUGUUUUCAUUUACAGGUAGUCCCCGACUUACAACUUAUUUGAGUUACGACGAACCACACUUACGACCGUCCAUUUUUUGUUUUGUCCACCUUAUUGUUAGCGACGGAGCCCUGGUGGCGCAGUGGUUAAACCACUUGGCUGCUAACCGAAAGGUCAGCUGUUCGAACCUGCCAGUUGCUCCGAGACAGAACGGUGUGGUAGUCUGCUUCCGUAAAGGUCACAGCCUUAGGAACCCUAUGGGGCGGUUCUACUCUGUCCUAUAGAGUCACUAUGAGUUGGAAUCAACUUGACUGCGGUAGGGUUUGUUUUGGGUUUUUAUAGUUAGUUAUAUGUACAACACACAAUGUUGCAGCGUAAUUCGCUGAUGUUACCAUUCUCACAUAUAGUGUUUCCAACCCCCAAAGACAAAGAUCAGAUUUAUAAAGAUAUUACUAAUAAAAGGCAAUAAUGAUGAAAACUUAAAAAAGAAAAACAAUGAGGUAUUCGACUUACGUCAGAACCGACUUAUGACGGCGUAGUCAUCAGAACGGAACCCCGUCGUAAGUCAGAAACCUACCUGUAUUUAUUAUUUAACACACGUGUUUAGGGUUUUUACUCCAGGGAUUGCACUUUGGCUUACAAGUGUGAUUUUUUUUCCCCUGCUCACAAAGUGUCUUAAAAAUACUGAAUCGAUUGCCAACUUGGAAAACUUAGGAGACUCCCAAAAAUCCAGAUUCCUGGCUUCUCUUGAAACCUGAGCAGACUUGGCUCCUCUGUUUUCCCUCAACGGAUGACAGUGAGUCACGGCCAGUGCAGUUAGACGGGUGACUCUGGUUGUUCAGGUUCCAAUGACCGGGGGGUGUAGUGUGUCCUCAUCCAGCCCUAUUUCAGCCCACCUGGACCAGUGCAGUCACCUCUGCCCUGGUCCCCUACUCCUGCCGUCACCCACCAACAGUCUGCCCUCCUGCAGCGGCUAGAGGGCGCCCGUGAGCACGUGAGUCAGGGCCCCUCCCUCCUCUGCUCACAGCCCUCUAGGGCUCUCCUCCCUCAGUUUAAAGUCCAAGUCCUCCUCGUGGCCCACAGGGCCCUGUGUGACCUGCCCCAUUCCCUCCUUGCCCUCCUUUUCUCCUCUCUCCCCCUCACUCGCUCUGCUCCAGCCACACGGGCAUCGCUGUUCCUCCGACUUCACCAGGCACCAUCCUGCCCCAGGCCCUUUGCAUGGGCUGUUCCCUCUGCCUGGAACACUCUUCCCUCAGGUGUCCCCAUGGGUCAUUCUUUCACCACUGUUAUGUCUUGCUUAAAUGUCUCCUUCUCACUGAGGCCUUCUUGGCAGCCAGAGCUCUAGCCAUAAUAUUCAUAUCCCAGCCAGAAGGAGAAUGGAAAGGGGGCAUAACCUCUCCCUCUAAGGGAAAUUGCACACAGAAUUCUGCUUGCACCCCGUUGGCCAGAACUUAGUCACUGUAGCAGCAAGACCUGUAGACCUGUUGCCGUUGAGUCGAUUGUGACUCAUAGUGACCCUAUAGCAACCCUAUAGGACAGAGUAGAACUGCCCCAAAGGGUUUCUAAGAAGCAGCUGGUGGAUUCAAACCGCCGACCUUUUGGUUAGCAGCUGAGUUCUUAACCAUUGUACCACCAGGGCUCUGUAGCAGCAAGGGAGGCUGGGAAUUGUAGUUUGUAUCUCGGGAAGCCAUGUGACCAGUAAGAAUCAGGGGCUUCAUUAACCGGGAGGAAGGUAGGACAGGUGUUGGGGCAUUACCCAGAAGAGUCUAUCCCAGUCUCUGGGAGUUCGUGUGGAACCUCCAGGCUCUGCUGUUUCUGGUCUAUUUUCCCUGGCUGAGACUCCUUUCCCCUGUACCCUCUCACCCCAGCUCCCUCACCCCGUCACCUUCCUGUCCAUGUACUCUGCCUGGCCAAGCCACAAUCUGCCAGAGCCCCAGCAGUUGCAGAAAUAGCUUGUAGACUUUCCAGACAGUCUGGGUCCGUGUCCCCAGGCUCUGUGACUUUGAGCAAGUGACAUCCCCUCUCUGAACCUCAGUUUCCUCAUCCGUAAAAUGUCAGUUAUAACGCUGUCUGGUGUAGGAAUUGUUGUUGGGUGCUGUUGAGUCAGUUCUGACUUAGAGUGACCCCAUAUGACAGAGUAGAACUGCCCAGUAAUGUUUCCUAGGCUGUAAUCCUUAUGGGUCAUUCUGAGUCAGCAUUGACUCAACGGCGACGGGUUUAAUCUUUACAGGAGCAGACUGCCAAGUCAUUCUUCCAUGGAGGCGCUGGGUGGGUUCGAAGUACCAACUUUUCAGUUAGGAGCCGAGUGCUUAACCGUUGUGCCACCAGGGUUCCUUUGUAGAGGUUACAGGAGAUCAUUUCAUGUAGUUCAGUAUUUUUUUUGUAUUUGAGAUGUAAUUCAUAUAUCAUAAAAUUCACCAUUUCGAAGCAUACGAUUCAGUGGUUUUUAGUAUAUUCGCAAGAUUGUGCAGCCAUGACUGCUAUCUAGUUCUAGGACAUUUUUCUUCACCCCGAAAAGAAACCCAGAACCCAUUAGCCAUCACUCCUCCUCCCCCAGCAAUCCUGACCUACUUCCUUUCUCUGUGGAUUUGCCUGUUCUCGACAGUUCAUAUCAAUGGAAUCAUAUUUGUCCUUUCAUGACAGACUUCUUUCACUGAGCAUCAUGUUUUCAAGGUUCAUCCAUGUUGUAGCGUGUAUUGGAACAUCAUUCAUUUUUAUAGCCAAAUAAAUAAUACACCAUUGUGUGGAAGGACCACAUUGUGUUUAUCCACUCCUCUGUUGAUGGACACGGGCUGUUGCCACUUCUUGGCUGCUGUGAACGGUACUGCUGACAACGCUGAUCUACAAGUAUUCGUUUCAACACUUGUUUUCACAUCUCUUGGGUUUAUACCUAGGAGCACAAAUGCUGGGUCAUAUGAUAACUCUCAGGAGCCCUGGUGGCACAAUGGUUAGGCGCUUGACCGCUAACCGAAAGUUUGGUGGUUUGAACCCACCCAGUGGCUCCAGGGGAGAAAGACCUGGCCAUCUGCUCCCGUAAAGAUCACAGCCUAGAAAGCCCUAUAGGCCAGUUCUACUCUGUCACAUGGGGUUGCCACGAGUCAAAAUUGACUCCAUGGCACCCAACAGCAACAACAGUGGUAACUCUAUAUUUAACUUUUUGAAAAUGGCCACACUUUGACAACUGCCCGGUAAAUAGCUGCUGUUAUUACUUUAUUGAUUUCCCCCUCCCUCCGUCAGUUCAACUUCUCUCUUUCUACUCCCCUGCCAUCUUGCCUUAUGUUAGUAUUUCAACAUGUCAAGCCACUUCCAGUUUUCGAAACACCCAGACAGCCACUCUGGCUACGCUCCCCAUCUCAGCUCCCCGUUCUCUCUUCCCCACACCCAGCCUAGGCUCAGUCAUGUCUCCCUCCUGCUUCUGCCCCUGCCUCUGGCACCCUGCCAUACUCUCUCUGUUCUUCCCUGCACUCUGACCUUCCUGGCACCACUGACUGUGGUCCUGGAGCCCCAGUGGACCUGCUCAGAAGGAAUCUGUUUAAAAUCCUGUAUCACUUAUGUAACAAGGCCUGUCGUUUAUCAGCAAAGGGGGUUGGUCACAGAGUCAGUUCUUGGUCUAGACCAGGGUCUCUCUCCCUCAGCACUGUUGACAUGGGGGUGGAUUCUUCUCUGGAGUGGGGGCAGUCCUGGGCACUAUAGGGUGUUGGGCAGCAUACCUGGUCUCCACCCACUUGAUGCUAGUAGCACCCCGCCCCCGCCUUCUGACAACCACAAAUGUCUCCAGAUAUUGCCAAGUGUCCCUGGGGGGCGGAACUGUCCCCAGGUGAGGACUCCUGGGUUAGGGGAUUCCACUGACCCCCCAAGAGACUCUGCAUCCCAUAAUCACCUGACCUUCUGCCAUCCUAGGACGUGGUACAGAAACUAGAGGAUCACCCCGGUUUACACCGUCUAACCCAUGGGAAAUUUAUUCUGCUGUAUGGUGUGAAGUAGGGAUUGAACUCUAUUUUUUCUAAAUAAUCUAAUGCAGGGUUUCUCAACCUCAACACUGUGGACAUUCGGAGCUAGAUUCUUCUCUGCGUGCGGGCCGCCAUCUGGUGCACUAUAGGGUGUUAAGCAGCAUCCCUGGUCUCCACCCACUCGAUGCCAGUAGUACCCCAGUCAUGACUACCACAAAUGCCUCCAGACAUCACCAAAUGUCCCCGGGAGGCAGAAUCAGCCCUGGUUGAGAACCACUGUCCCAGGGGUUUUCAUUGGCUGGUUUUCGGAAGUAGCUCGCCAGGCCCUUCUUCCUAGUCUGUCUUAGUCUGGAAUCUCCGCUGGAACCUGUCCACCACGGGUGACCCUGCUGCUGUUUGAAAUAACCAAAGCGUAGCUCCCAGUAUCACAGCAACAUGCAAGCCACUGCAGAACGACAGACUGACAGAUGGCAGGGGUAAUAUUGCUAUUGUUAGUUGUCAAUUCCAACUCAUGGCGACCCUGUGUGUGCCGAGUAGGACUGCCUUAUAGGGUUUUCAAUGGCUGUGACCUUUUGGAAGUAGAUCACCAGGCCUGUCUUCUGAAGCAUCUCUGGGUGGGUUUGUACCACCAACCUUUCAGCUCGUAGUCGAGCACUUACUCCUUUGUGCCUCCCAGGGGCUUCCAGGUAAAUGUUGUUGUUGUUGUUGUUGUUGUUAGGUACUGUCGCGUUGAUUCCGACUCACAGCGACCGCAUGUACAACAGAAAAAAACACUGCCCGGUCCUGCACCAUCCUCACAAUCAUUGCUAUCCUUGAGCCCAUUGUUGCAGCCACUGUGUCAGUCUAUGUCAUUGAGGGUCUUCCUCUUUUUGCUGACCCCCUACUUUACCAAGCAUGAUCUCCUCUAGGAACUGAUCCCUGCUGAUAACAUGUCCAAAGUACGUGAGACGUAAUCUCUCCAUCCUUGCUUCUAAGGACCAUUCUGGUUGUACUUCUUCAAAGACAGAUUUGUUCGUUCUUCUGGCAGUCCAUGGUAUAUAUUCGAUAUUCUUCGGCAACACCAUAAUUCAAAGGCAUCAACUCUUCUUUGGUCUUUCUUGUCCAUUGUCCAGCUUUCGCAUGCAUGUGAGGCAAUUGAAAACACCAUAGCUUGAGUCAGGCGCACCUUAGUCCUCAGGGUGACAUCUUUGCUUUUUAACACUUUAAAGUGGUCUUUUGCAGCAGAUUUGCCCAGUGCGGUGUGUCUUUUGAUUUCUUGACUGCUGCUUUCCGUAAGUGUUGAUUGUGAAUCCAAGAAAAAUGAAACCCUUGACAACUUCAAUCUUUUCUCCAUUUAUCAUGAUGUUGCUUAUGGGUCCAAGGUAAAUGUUAGCUGGUGUCAUUCUGCAGAGGAGGACACCGAGGUCGGGGGAGGUGACGUGUAUUGGCCAAGGUCACCCUGAUAGGAUGUGGUGGCAUUUGGAGGAAGGCGGGCGGGCUGCCUCCUUUCUGGUGGUAACUGUGUCCCCUCCUCGCCCAGGUCUGCUCUGAGAGCCCCCACGGCACUCAAUGCAGUGAAUGGAUAGGGGACGUCCGGCCUGCAGGAGUUAGGCGGCACAUAACAUGCCUGGGUCACUCAGCGAUUCUCCUGCCCCCGGAGGCCACAUCCAGCCGCGCGCAUGGCCGACACAGAACCCUCGCUCCCUGGAGCAUUUGACAUUCUCCGUGGGGCGGGCCAGGACAAGCUCUUGCAUCUGAAGCACAAACUAAAGACACUGCAUCUGAGCUGCCAGGGGGCCAGCCUACUGCGUGCCAUGGUGCUCCUGGCGUUGGGCCAGGACACUGAGGCCCGACUCUCCCUGGAGAUGCUGAGGACAGAUGCAGCAGCCCAGUUUGUGGCCCGCCGGUGGGCCAGCAUGGACAUCACUGAGGCCCUAGAGGAGCCAAAGGACAUGUCCUGGACAGUUGCCUGUGUGUACCACUUGCUGGCUGAGGAGAAGCUGUGCCCGGCGUCACUGCGGGAGGCCGCCUACCGAGCUGCCCUCCAGGCCCUCAGCUCCAUGGACGACCCCCGGCUGCCAGAGCUCCAGGCAGAGGCCCGUGACCGGUGCGGGUGGGACGUCAGCAACUCGGGUGGCUUCCAGCCCCUGCACUCCCAUCUGGGCGGCCGCCCACCAUCCUCGGCAUUGCGCUCAGAGAUAAGGAGCGUACCUCAGCCCAUCAGGAAUCCCUCAGGCUGGAGCCAGGCGUGUUCCCUGAAGUCCACGGACAGCCCAGCCUCUCUGGCCAGCAACCUGGAGAUCAGCCAGUCACCCACCAUGCUUUUCCUCACCCAGCCCCACAGCCCCCCCAGGCCCAGCAAGCUCUGUGAUGAGCCCCGGGACAGCCUUAGGCCCGAGCCUACCCCCAUGGGCUGCCAGGAGCCGGAGCAGGUGAACUGGCCCCCCUCCAUGGAGACUGACCCCCCUCAGGAGCCCCCACACAGUCCAGCCCCCCAGCUGCCUGUGGUGGCCCCAGAUCCAAGCCCUGCUGGCCUUCCCAACCCCUCAACACCGCUGGCAUCCAGAGCCCACUAUCCAGAGGAGUGUACUGAGGUGUCUGUGGCCCCCCAGUCUCUCCCCUCAACCCCCCAGUCUCUCCCCUCACCUGUCCUAGACCCCCCGGACAACCCUACCAAAAAUGGGACAUCAGUCCCACUUUCUGUAGAAGACACUGCCUCCCAGAAAUCUAAGCAGAGCCCGCCUCCUCCCUCAGCCCCCCAAACGUCCUCUCCCUCACACUCUGCUUCUGCAUCACCGGCGUGUGCGGCUCCCCCGGCCUCGUCCUCAGGCCCCGCGCCCCCCGAGUUGGAGUCCUCCGAGCAAAAGUUCUAUAACUUUGUGGUCCUCCAUGCCAGGGCCGAUGAGCACGUGGCUCUGCGUGUCCGUGAGAGGCUGGAGCAGCUGGGCGUCCCGGACGGGGCCACCUUCUGCGAGGACUUCCGGGUGCCCGGGCGCGGCGAGCUGAGCUGCCUGCAAGAUGCCAUCGACCACUCUGCCUUCACCAUUCUGCUGCUCACUCCCAACUUCGACUGCCGCCUGAGCCUGCACCAGGUGACCCAGGCCCUGAUGAGCAGCUUCGUGAGGCACGGCUGGCAGGACUCCGUCAUCCCCUUCCAGCCGUUGGAGACAUCCGAGCUCAGCUCCGACGCAACCAGGCUGCUCUCCAGCCUUGUGUGCUUGAACGAACACUCCCAGCUCUUUGAAAGGAAGGUGAAAAACACCUUCAAGAGGCAGAAACUGCAGGAGCGCAAGGCCACCUGGAAAAAGGAGCAGCAGGUCCGGGCGGUCCGGGAAUACAGCCAGCACCUGGAGGGUGAGCGACAGCACGCGGCCGAGAUGAGUACCGCCUACUCUGCCUACCUGCAGAGCUACCUGGCCUUUCAGGCGCAGAUGGAGAGGCUACAGGUGGCUUUGGGAACCCAGAUGUCGCUCGGGCCUCAAAUGCCCCCCGGGGUUCAGAUGCCCUUUGCGGGGCAAGUGCCCCAGGGGGUUCAGCUGCCCUUGCCUACCUGGCCAGGCUACCCUCAGCCACCCCUGCCUCCAUGGCUGGCUAGCACUCCUCCACCAGCCUUCCCGCAGCCCCCCUCCUUCCUACCAGUUUCCCCUGGGUCCCCUCAGAGCCCUGGGCUGCAGCCCCUCAUUAUCCACCACGCGCAGAUGGUCCAGCUGGGGCUCAACAACCAUAUGUGGGGCCAAAGGGAGGCCCAGGCCCCUGAGGACAAAUCACAAGAAGCAGAAUGACCGAGUGACCAGGUUUGAUGACCUUGGGCCUGUGGGGUCACGGACGGAUGGACACACCUGGACCCCAGCAUGGGCUUUCGGCUGUACCUGAGACCCUCAUCUGCCACCUUCCCUUUUCCCGUGCCCUCAUCCCUUUGGGGGGCAGUGGGAGGUGGGGUCAUCAACAACUUUCGCGACAUGGUCGGGGAGACCCUCAGUGGCCGGAAAGUAGUGCAAAAGGGUAGCUGAUGACUUUAUGGCCUUCAGAAAGGCCGGAAUGAGACUUGAUGUUUACAAAUUAUCGCGCUUUUGGGAAAUGGG